AUGGCAUCUUCAGUAGCCCCGGCUCCAGCUUCCAAUCUCGAGACGCUUCUACCGCGGCCACCGACGCCACCGCGAGAAGCAGCCAAAGACAGCGACGGGUUGGUCAAGUCCAUAUUGAGCCGCGCUCCUUCAUCUGAUCCUCAGGACAGUCUCCAGACUCCGCCAACUGCGAACACCCCGACCUCGACCGAUGCGCCUGAUUCAAAGUUGAUGUCUAGUCGGACAAGGAAGAAAGUUGUAUGGUCAGCACAUACCGAGUACAAGGACCCAGUUGACUAUCGAUCAAUCGACAAGAUUCCCAGAUCCUCCCCCCUCUCGGUUCCUUCGCCGGCUUCCAGACCUAUCAAAGGCAUUCUCAAACCUUCAUCUUCCCCGAGCCGUCUCGCUUUGACGUCUAGUGGUGAUUUUGAUGCGACUUCAGGCCAGCCCAAUAUAAUCGAAAUGUUGGAUUCAACCAUAAAGCAGCUGGCCGGCUCUGACCGAGAUUCGAAACUUGAUGCCUAUAUGAUGCUUUCAAGAGCCCUGAAGGCCUCUAAUAACCUUCCCGAUCGAGUUGCCUUGCAAGACAAGAUGAGCCUGUUCAUGCAAUUCAUCCAGCGCGAUAUUACGUCCAAAAGUGGCACUGGAGCCCCCGAUUCUUCAUUAAUCAAUCAUGCUCUGACGCUUCUCGCUACGUUUCUCCAUUUCCCCGCCAUCGCCUCGACCCUCACUUCCGAUUUUGGAAUCUUCGUUAUCGACCACUCUAUCCACGCGUUCGAAGACGCUAAUACUCCCAAGGAUGUUGCUCGACAUCUGAUGCAAGUUGUUGCGUUCCAAAAUUUUUCCUCCAAAGUUAUGACAUCUGACCGAGUGGGACGGUUGGUCACUGCGAUGUAUCAAAUAGAAGACCAUCUCACGGGCAAGAGCAUCGUCAUGAGCAGAAUACACAUAUAUAGGCGUCUGGUCAAGCAGUCAAGCUUGCAUAUGGUUACCCACUCAAACUGGCUCCAGAACGUGCUUGCAGAUAUGCUAAGCUCUGUCAAGGAUAUUCGGGCCCAGGCCGUUGGCCUCGCCACCGAAGCUGGAUUUGCCCUGCGAUCUGAGAAGCAGUUGAUGCGAAAAGCUAGCGAGAUAUUCCAAACAACAAAUGAGGAUCAAGCCUAUAUCGAAUUCUAUAUCCACAGGUUACAGGAAAUGCUCAGAGACAGGUCAAGCGCUUCAGCUGUGCCGCAGAUAUGGAGCGCCAUUAUUCUUUAUAUGCGAUGCCCUUUGGAGAGGUGGCAAUACUAUGGCCCUUGGCUAACUCUUGUCCAAUCUGCUUUCAACACAACAGAUUUUCCCACGAAACAAGAGGCAAACUUUGCCUGGAAUAGGUACAUCUAUCUUACCUUGGUCGAUAGCAAAGCUACCCCAAAGAACCUUGGAACCCUCUGCCAGCCCCUGCUAAGCCAGCUUCGGAGACGUGCAAAUCCUAAGCAAUUAGAAGAAGCUGUGAAGCUCCAAAGGACAGUCAUUGGCGGUAUAUGCAAUCUAUACUACUAUGCGUUUGCCCCAGGCAAUGUCAAGUUCCCUCCUGAUUCGAUAUGGGAUGUUGCUGUCCAGCCUGUGUUGUCACAACUCAUCAGUCUGGAUGGUAAGCCCGAAAUUCCGGGCGAUUGUCUUAUGCAGGCUGGCCGUAUCUUGACAAGUCUUAUGGACGUAGCCACACCUCGGAUUUGGAGACACGAUCGUAUCAUGGAGACAACUCCCGCGAAACCUGAUGAACUCCCGCCCCUGGACUCAAAGUGGGUGAGGCGGAAUUGUGAUAAGGUCUUCCAAACGGUUGGCCCCCUUUUAGAGAAAAGGUUUCUCGACUUGGCCAAUAAGGAUUCUUUGAUAUUCCGCCUAUGGCAUGCACUGGUCGGCUCAAUUGCGGCCGCUUCCGCGAAGGAUAUCAAAGUAUCAGAAGAUACCGCCAAAUUCUUCGCUCACGCAUUUGGUCUACUGUCCAGGAUGUGGCUGGCUGGGAUACCCGAAGCUGAUAAUUCACAUGGCCCGGCGUUUCUAUCUAGCAUUAAGAAUUUCAUCGAAGUACUUGUUAAAGCCCUGGGUAUGCUGCCCUUUACCGAAAAGAGGCUUGCUAUGACGGUUGGUAAUACUUUUGAACCUAUUGCCACACCAUCCCAAAAUCAGAGUCGACCAAGUUCUCUAGGUACCAUUCGAACUCCAUUGCAGCACCUCUUUUGCUUGCUGGCUUCUGUCCCAUCGGGCGGUGCUGAUGACGAAGCCUUAUCCGACUUUUUUCUAUCCGUUUUUGAGCCCUUUUUUCUUGGUAAAGCAACACAAGCUCGCUUAGAGCUAUCCAAUGAGCUUCUUCAGCUGUUACCUCGAGCGUCUCCAUCCCCCUACGGACCUUGGCUAUUAGGCGCACAAAAUCUAUCUCUUUCACUUGAGAAUAGCGAAGCUGCGUCCAGUUUGAAUGGAAGCGGUAAAAUGCUAGGACUGAAAUAUCGAGACAUAACCUCCUUGCUUGAACGCGGCCUCUUCGGGCACCCUCAUCUUCCUCUUGAUCGGUGGUUUGCGUUAUUUGCACAGCUGUCUGAAAAUGUGGUCCGGCAACUGGGUGAUGCUGGGCGAGCACUCGCUGUUAUCGAGCCCCUGGCAAAAGAGCUGUUAGCCUGUCUUGAUCGCGGCGAAGAGAAGCCGUCUGCAACCUCUCUUAAGGCAAUACGCUCACUCUUCGAUGCUGCCAAGCUGCCACGCGAUAAAACUGCUCUAAAUACUGCUCGGCAGCGGUUAUGGGGAGCUUCCGUAGUCGCCGCCCGAGCAGGUUCGUCUGAUCCGUUUGAUAACCUCUACAAACUUGGGAACCAAACUUUAGAAACUUUCUACGGCAACUUUGCCAUUUUCGAUUCAGACAAUGACAUUGUACCUAUUAUCGAGAGUAUUAAGAGCUUCUUAGUGAGAUGUUUCUCUCAGUCAGGCGUUAAAGCCUUUACGAAAGUCGAAGCUGGCCUAUGCAUGUGGAUUGAGGAUGAUAAAUCAUGUUAUGAACAUGAUGAAGAGUCACUUCUCUCAAAAGCUCUCAUUCACACAUGGGAUGGAAUAUCAAAGGGGCUUGCUGGCCGGAGACAACUGACAAAAGAUGAAUUUGACGAGAUAGAACCACUUCUGACGUCUGCAUUCAGAAGCAAACUUCCCACUAUUGUUGACAAGGCAAUCGAACUGUGGAAUGUGCUAGCUAGGGAUGAAGAGAGGCUAGACUGCUCAGACAGCUUGAAAUCAGUGGCGUCGAAUGCUGGCUCAAAGAAACAGCUCGUGGAAUCGAAAGGAUCUGGAAAAACCGGCGGGGCGUUCGGAGCCCAAGCUUCUUCAUCAAAGGCAUCGCCAGACGAAACAAAUCUCGUUGUGCUCUCUUUAAAUUCAUCUCGCCAGGCCGAGCCAGCUUCCAUUUCGAAAAUGCCCACACGUAUGUCAACUCGAAAACGUCGCAUGGAAGAAACCCCCGAAUCCAGCCGUACAAAGACAGCGAGGCGAACUAGCACUCCUCGACUGCGUCAUGACAAUUCUCAAAUCCAAUUUACUCUCGUUGCCUCAUCGUCUCCGAUCCCUGAAGAUGGUUCGCAACACCUCACGGAAAGACAGAAAGAAGUACGAGAAAGGCAGCGUGAAACAGAAGCCAUCUACUCAGACAUGCGGACAAGCUCUCCACUUCCUGCCAAAGAGAGCUCGCCCAUACCGGAUGAGAAGGUGGAUUCUACUGACAAGCAAGCGGAAGAAGCGACUCCACGCCACACCACGUCUUACGAUAACCUAAUCAGCUCAACACCAACCCCAAGACGUGGCCAACUCCUGAACAUGGAUGAUAACGAUCCUCCGUCCUCACCUCCCAUUCCACGGCCAUACCCGCUCCUUUCAGAGAUUAAGUCUCGCUCUCUGGCUGGCAGCUCAUUGGAUAGCUGGGAAUUUUCAUCACCUCCAGGGUCGCCAGAACCCGGUAACCAAGAAGCAUUAUUAGAUAUUCAAUUGCCUGGGGAGAAGUCGACAAAGACAUCUACUAGGAAAGCAGACACAAGAGCUAAAAGUAUUGAUGCUAGCUUGAGAGAUAUUAUUCCUUCUAGCCUUGGAGAAGAAGAAUCUUCAUCCUCAGACUUGACAGAAUUAUCGGAUCGAAACGCGUCGUCUUCGCCAGAUCCACCACCACAACUUCUCGAAACCCCGACCAAGAAACGGCUGGUUCGCGAGGCUGCUCGCGUGGAAGAUAGUCCGAAAUCGGUCGACGACGAAUUUGUUGAUGCUAGGAGCAGUCCCGAAAAGCCCUCAUUAGCACAGGCCAAUGACACAUCGUUCGCGCUCAGCGAAGGAGAUGAAACUCGAAUGAUGAAACUUGCAGAGGAGCUUGAAUCGGGUGACCGCGCAGGCCUACAGGAAGAGAGAAACGCUGAAGACAGUUUUGAUAAACGACCCAGCGUACAGUCAGCAGAAGCUCGAGCACCAUCGCCUCCAAUGACUCGUGGGGCAGCUAAGCGCUCCCCCUCGGUCAUCGUCCCGCCUAUUUCUGCGGAAUCUCUUGGCAAUGGUGAAGGAGGGAGCAAAAGAAAGAGAAAGCGAGGAGGUUCUCGGCAAAGCAACAGCCGUUCAAAGAAGCAAAAGUCGGAGCAAAAGUCAGAGAACGUAGAAGAGGCAAAAGAGGGAGAAGUACUGGUGAUAACCGAAAAGGAACCUCCUGAAACUCCUUCUGUGGGAGUAGAGACCAGGGGAAGCGCACGAAGACAAAGCGAGCAGCGCCAGCGAGAGGACAAGACUUCACGGUCACAAAGACGAUCAAGCAAGCGAAAUAAGAAAGCGCGAAGUGAAGAAACGGACGAUGAGGUGAUGUCACAGCUGGUGAACGAAUCCCAAGCAGUGACCGAGAGCCAGAAAUCAAACAAAGAUGCAGGAGAGGAAGUACCAGACACUGAUGAUGGUCCCCGUCAACCAACAGAACGCGUGGAUGUGAAAGCCAUGGCGGAAGACAAGGCGGAGAGUGAGCCACAAGCCAAGAUCUUGACAAUCAUGGAAACGCUACAAACCAGCUUGGCGCAUUUACGCGAUGUAGCGCUGCCUCGAAACGAAGUAUAUAAGAUGGAAGACAUGUUGAUGGAUUUGAAGCGAGAGUUAUUCGAAGCAGAGAGACGAGGAAGGGAGAGCACUUAG